AAAAGAUUAUAAUUAUUAUCAUAUAUCGUUCCUGUCUAUGUUAUGCGGUAUAACAAUCGAACUUUAUGGUGAUAAUAAUAAUAUAAUAUUAAUCUACUCUAAUCAAUCAUUCUGCCAUAUGGACUUGUCAAACAGACAAAACCAGUUGUUUUUCUAUUGUUUAAGAGAAGUUAAAUGAAGGAUUAUCGUAAAUAUACACACCAUAUAGCUAAGGUUUGCAUAUUUAUCGAAUCGGGAAAACAAACCAUCAGAUGUGAGAAUGGGCAAAUUUUCAAGAUUUUUGUUUGAUGAUCGUUUCCGUUAUCAGACCUAUUUAUUCUUGAAUCGACCUCAACAUUUUUUGGGCAUUUUCUAUCAACUGUUUAUCGCAACCUUGGCGGCACUAUGUUUGAUCUUGUCGAUAUGUUGUCCUGACAUUUUACUUUUCUGGCUUGAUAUCUUAAUGACGAUAACUUUCAGUUUAGAAUUUAUCAUACAGAUUUGGGCCUCGUCAUGUUUGCCCAAAUAUCGAUCGAGUCAAUACAGAGCUAUCCGAAUCAUAUUGGAUCCCAUUUGUUUAUUGGAUUUAUUGAUCAUUGUCACCACUGUGAUUGGUAUUGUCACAAAUCAUGAUGAUAUUACGAUGGUAUCUUCACUUUUGCGAGGAUUUCGUAUCCUACAGUUCUUCGAACAUAAAUAUCGAUUAUGGCGAUUGAUCGUUAGCGUAAUUUGGAAUGGAAGAUUUCAGCUUUUAUUAUGUUUUUAUUUUGCUCUAAUUCUCUUCGUUUUCUUAUCGUUUGCAAUGUUUCUCAUCGAACAAGGUAUCAACGAGCAAUUCGAGACACUUGGUAGAUCAAUGUGGUUCACCAUUAUCACACUUUCCACUGUUGGGUUUGGUGAUACGUAUCCUAUCACAACAGCCGGUAAAAUCGUUACCGCUCUUGCAGUGAUUAUAGGCCUUUCCAUUUUCAGUUUGCCGGGAGGAAUCAUUGGUGCCGGUCUUGCUCUAAAAGUGGAAAAUGAAGAAACGAUUAGAAGUGAACUACAGGAACAUAAUGCUGCUCAUGUUAUUCAAAAUGCCUGGCGUGUUUAUUGGUCUCGAAGACUACUUUGUCAGCCAUCAAUGCCAUUAAUUACAUCGAUCAUAAUGAUGGUAAAUGACCAAACAUUCAAGCGGAAACCUGCCAACUUACGAGUCAUACAGUUUGUUUAUCUGUUGAGAUUUUCCUUAUCUUGUCGUCGAUUUAAGAAAUCAUUGCGAAUGUUAUCCGCAAAAAAUUUUCAUGAAUUAUAUAGUCAAAAUUGCAUGGAACAGAUGGAAAAACUUGCAAUCUUAGAAAUGAUUAUUCGUGACCAGGAAACCAUGUUGCAUGAACUUUUAUCGCUGUUUCAUCAACGAAAACAACAACGUCGUAUUAGUGAAAAAAAAUCUUUGUUUAAAAAAGUGAAAAAUUGUAGUCCUAAAAGUAAGAUCAGACGCUUCAAUGGUCAUGUAAGACGUUUCAAAACUAGUAAUUUGAAUAAAUCAACUCUUAAUAAUUUCGAUGAAAUUAAACUGACUGAUGAAGAUCAAAGUUAUCAAGGAUAGAAUUUCUUCCAAAUUAAUUUAAGAGAAUAAAAUUAUUUAUUAUUAUGUUUUGACUAAA